ACUUACCAGCAAAUAGAUGACAUUAAUUGAUAGUAUUCUUAUUAAUUCCUUUAUCAAUGGGUCAUCACCCCUAAGUAAUAUCACUCUACCUCACGCGUCACCCCGUGCUCUUCAAUACUGUAUCCUCCUUCAAAGAAAAAUGUCAGAUGCCGUAUCGAACAAUCUUCAUUCCAUAAUCUCACAAGCAGCCUCUUCUCACCCUGGGAGUCGAUUACGACUUGCCCUUCAGGAGAGGUAGACUUCGGGUCUUGGGCAAUAAUAAUUAAUAAAAAGAAAAUCCUCUCACCGACUGCGCGCAGAUUUAAACUUGGUCUUGAGAAUGGUUUGAAGCGUGAAUGAGUUAGGAUCCCGGACCAGCCCCCAAAUUGUCGUGGCAAUUAAUAAUAAUCCCACCUUAGCAAGGAGGAAACGAGACACAAUUCUCUUACAGUAUUGUCACACUUUAAUGCUCGAGCAUGGUACAUACAACAGAGUUGAGUUUGUCAUAUGCACCCAGACAGAAGACAGUGGUUGGUAUUUAUACAUUUGGCUAACCCCACCCAUUCGGGAGGGGGUUGUUAAACAGUUAAUGACACAGGAGAAGCAGCACUUCAAACAUCUUCAAGCUCCUCCUAGAGAGGAACAAACUUAUUGAUCAGCCUCUUUGAUAUAAAGGAAAUAGGUGACGGAUAUCCUGUCCCCUGCUCUCAGACCCCUGGAGUGUAACAUCUGUCUCCAAGAUCCCUUCUUAGUGUCUACAACCACCACAAAUCCCCCGUGUUGUAAGGUCUUUGUUAGGUGAAUUUGUGUAAGGAACAUCAAAGUAGUUCCUUACAUCAAUCAUAAUGCCUGGAUAGCUAAUUACUAUCACACUGUGUCCGGACUAAUUAGAUUACUGUGACUGGAGUAAUCAGGCCAGCACUCACUCAGUUCUACAGGAAACAGCAACAUCACAGUUACAUUUGUUAGAGAUUCAAUGAUGAUCAAUCCAAGUAUACAUAAACAUGAUUAUAUUAUGGUCACAUGUUACAUUUCCCUUACACUUGUGUCAUAGAUUUGCUCUUGGAUGGUGGAGUGAUAAGAAUCUGCCCAGACUGGUUAAUAGUUUAGCCUUGAGGUCUUUCACUGCGCCAGCAUUACCUCUGUGUAAAGAAACCAUUUCAUUAAACGUCAAUCAUGAUCAGCGAUUCAGGGCGUGAGAGAGGAAGGCACACUGAUGACAGGCAACUGCUGCUAAUACAUGUUCUGCUAAUUAGAACUAAAAAUGUUAUAUUUUAAUCAAAUUUUUUAUUUAUGUUUUGACCAAUUCUUUAAAAAAAAAAAAAAAAUUAUCUAAUCAGAAAAUUCCCAUUGUGAUACAAUAAUAUAGGUACAGAUAAUACAAACAACAUACUGAAACACAAUGAUAUGAUCAGACUACAGCACAACACGACACAUAAGAAAAACAUGGUAUAAGAAAUGACAGUUUUAUUAAAUCUGAUUUUAAAUAGAGAUCAGUCGAUAUGAUAAUUAUCAUGAUGACUGUCACAUAUUAUCUCUUUUAAGUUUAAAGACCAGCAUUUGCUUCUGAGUGAUGCUUGUGGUUUUAAACUCUUCUCUGUUUUAGAAAGUAAACACACACGCGGCAGAUCAGUUAUGUGUUAAACCUUCUCACUGUGCAAUACAAAAGCAGUGUAUUGAUAUCUACUGAGCUUUUUUAUAUUGCUAUUGAUGCAAAUUGUAUAGUGAUAUACAGUGCCUUGCAUAAGUAUUCACCCCCCUUGGACUUUUUCCCAUUAUAUACUGUUACUAACUGGAAUUCAAAUAGACCUAAAUAAACUUUUUCUCGUUUGAUCAACAAAACAUGCAUAGUACUUUGGAGGUGCAAAAUACAUUUUAUUGUGACACAAACAAUAAUGAGAACAAAAAAGUUGAUAUCUGUUGGGUGCAUAAGUAUUCACCCCCCUGUGGCAAUACUUGGUAGAACCCCCUUUCGCUGCAAUUACAGCUGCAAGUCUUUUGGGGUAUGUCUCUACCAGCUUUGCACAUCUAGAGAUGGAAAGGUUUGUCCAUUCUUCUUGGCAAAAAAGAUGAAGCUCAGUCAGAUUGGAUGGAGACCGUCUGUGAACCGCAAUCUUCAAGUCUUGCCAUAGAUUCUCUAUUGGAUUGAGGUCUGGGCUUUGACUGGGCCAUUUUAAGACAUUAACAUUCUUUAAUCAAAACCAUUCCUUUGUAGCUCUGGCUGUAUGUUUAGGGUCAUUGUCCUGCUGGAAGAUGAACCUCCGCCCCAGUCUCAAGUCUUUUGCAGACUGCAUCAGAUUUUCUUCAAGGAUUUCCCUGUAUUUGGCUCCAUCCAUCUUUCCCUCUAUUCUGACCAGUUUCCCUGUACCUGCUGAAGAGAAGCAUCCCCAUAGCAUGAUGCUACCACCACCAUGUUUCACUGUUGGGAUGGUGUGCUCAGGGUGAUGGGCAGUGUUGGGUUUUCGCCACACAUAGCGUUUUGCAUUGAGGCCAAAAAGUUCAAUUUUGGUCUCAUCUGACCAGAGCACCUUCUUCCACAUGUUUGCUGUGUCUCACACAUGGCUUCUGGCAAACUCCAAGCGGGAUUUUUUAUGGAUCCCUUUCAACAAUGGCUUUCUUCUUGCCACUCUUCCAUAAAGGCCAGAUUUGUGGAGUAGACGACUAAUAGUUGUCCUGUGGACAGAUUCUCCCACCUCAGCUGUGGAUCUCUGCAACUCCUCCAGAGUAACCAUGGGCCUCCUGGUUGCUUCUCUCAUUCAUUUUCUCCUUGUCCGACUCUUCAGUUUGGGUGGACGGCCUCCUCUUGGUAGGUUUGCGGUUAUGCCAUAUUCUUUCCAUUUUCUUAUGAUGGAUUUUAUGGUGCUCAGAGAGAUGUUCUAAGCUCUGGAUAUUUUUUUAUAACCUAACCCUGCUUCAUAUUUCUCCACAACUUUAUCCCUGACCUGUUUGGUGAGCUCCUUGGUCUUCAUGAUGCUGUUUGUUCAGUAAUGAUCUCCAACAAACUCUGAGUCCUUCACAGAACAGGUGUAUUUAUACUGAGAUUAAAUUGCAGACAGGUGGACCCUAUUUACUAAUUAUGUGACUUGCAAAUGUGACUUGUGAAUGCAAUUGGUCGCACCAGAUCUUUGUUAGGGGUUUCACAGUAAAGGGGGUGAAUACAUAUGCACACAACACUUUUCAGAUUUUUAUUUGUAAAUAAUUGUGAAAUCCAUGUAAUAUUUCCCCCCACUUCCAAAUGAUGCACUAUUUUGGGUUGGUCCAUUACAUAAACUCACGAUGAAAUAAAUUUUAAUCUGUGGUUAUACCAUGACAAAAUGUAGAAAAGUCCAAAGGGGGUGAAUACUUAUGCAAGGCACUGUAUCUCAGUGUGAUCGCUGGUGGCUUGUUACAGCCAGGUUGGGGGUAUGACGGUUAUAUUACAAACAUGUAAAAUUUGUAAUAAAAUAGGCAUCCAAAGCUUUCAGUACAAGUAAUCUACUAGUGGUCAAGUGCUACAUCAAGCUGUUUUACCUCCUUUUCUUGUUCCUACGUUAAAAAAAAUUCAGAGUAAGAUGGACCUGUGUAUUUAAUUGUGAUAACCUCUUUAUUGAUUAAGACCAACCUUCUUGUUGUAUGGGCUCGUAAUAACCAAAAAUGUGUCGUCAGAUUCUGACAGGAGGUAUUCGCCUGUGUCAUUCCAGGAUAUCGUGUUGACCUGUGGAGACACAACAACUUGGAUGAAGAUAAGAGAGAAAUCCAGUUUACAUUUAGACUGAAGUAUUUAUUAAUUCAUUGUUUAAUGAUUCCAGUUUCUCGGACGUGAGGAUCCGCAGAUUUCUUUACUCUUCAAGACAUCACAUUUCACAUGAUAUUUUAUAGAGGAUAAACCAUGUGGCUCCCAAACUGGACUUCAUCCCAUAAAAUUACAUUUGUUUUCAGAACCUGUGCUUCUUGUGAGGUAUUGUGUACUUUCAGUACUGCAGGUCUCUAACAUUAUUUACAAAUAUUUACUUCCCACCAUGAGUCACCAGGAAUUCAGAGACAUUCAGACCAACUUUCUCUUCUAUUUUUCCUUUUCCCUCUGUUCAUACAUUCAGCAGUGGCAGGCCAUGCUGUAUCAGCAGAUCCAGCUCUUAGUAUCCAUCCUCUGCCUUUUAGUUAAUACUCCACUGGUGCGGUCUCUAUAAUUUAUGACUUUCUUGCGGGGAAGCUGCUGCAUCAUCUUUUCUUCUUAGAUGCAAACUCAUCUGGCCUAAUAUACCUGUACUUGCAAACCGCUGAUUAACCUUGUUAUACUUUACAGCAUUAAGGGCCUGAAAGGAAAUCUUCAAAAUAAAAAGACCCAUUUGUUUCCCAAUUUUUGCUGCAUAUAACAAGAAAGUAGCAAAUGCAUAUAACUUAAACAAAUAUUUCCAAGUAAAACAUUUCUCUCAUUUGUUAAUUGUCUGAUUGUUUCAGCACUUUUCCAAUAAUUGUCCUGCCUUCAACGGCCCUUAGUUUUAACAUAGAAUAUCUCAGCUCGUCUAUAUAUGGAUUAAGCAGCUAAUAUAUUUCUAGCAUGUAUUAAAAAAAUAUUCCUCUGAUCCUUGUUACUGUAGCAGUUCUGAUUUACACAGGGCAGACAUUAACUGCUGCUCUCCAGGGCCUUGUACACUUGUUGUUGUUGUUGGGGUGUUUUGCUGGGGCAGACAGCCGUGCCGAUACUGAGACAGUACGCGUGACUGUUAACCCGUCAGCUUCAGGUUUCUAAGGGGUCAGAGAUCUGCUCUCUGUUCGGACACCGAGGUCUCAAACUGGCCGAGGAACUGAUGAGGGGAAAGUGUUUCCUUUGCAAGAGGACACAUGCAAAUAAAACAAGAACAAAAAUAAAUAGAUGUAGAAAUAUGUGGAGCACUUACACAGCCAUCGUGUACAUUCAGUGUCGCUUCAAGUUUAAGCCUCUGGACAAAUUCUCUUCUACCUGUGAGAAGAGAAAAACAAAAUAUCACAAUUUCGUUUCAUAUUGUUUCACAGUCCGUCCAUCUGUCUAAAUCAUGCUGCUGUGAAAAGAUGACUAUAAAUGCCAGAAAAUAAAAUAGUCUGAUCUCGGAAUCGAUUCUUCAGGAUGACGUUAUCACUUAUUUGUGAUAUUUAAAAGACUUGAUUUUAAAAAGAUAUUAAAAGUUAAAACCUGUGGGAUCUGAACACAGAGUUAACUUGUUGCUCUGUUUCAAGACUCUUCCUUGUCGUGAUCAUAACUGUUUAGACGGAGCAUGAUAGAUUAUUCUAACAGUACCAAGGGUUCUCGUCAUCUGUGUUGUGUCUUAAUUUCACAUCAUUUCAGCCUCUAUGUUCCUAAUAUACUAGGAAGAUCAGGUCUUAACAUGUCACACAAUCCGGUCUUCUAUUAUUGCCCAAAUAUCCAGAAAAAUGUCAUGGUGCGUAAGGUGGAGAGGGCUCUAGGCCCAGCCACCAGGGGCGGUUUGGUUUGGAAAAAAUGUAUUUCAAGAACUUCCUAUCAUAGUGCACACAUUGGUUCUGUGUGACCAUAAUGGAUGUGUGGGGAAAGCUGUUCAGAUUUCAGCUCCUAUCAGAUCUGCUCCAAAAAAAAAAAUUAUUAUAACAUCAGUGCGAUUUUUUUUUUGGUCCAUUUGGUCAGUGGAGUUUAAGAGUCAAUGAUCUGGAUCUUAGCCUUGUGAAGAUCCUUUUGUGGAAUUGAUACUCGCCGUUUGUCGGGGUAGAAGAGGUGCAGUUGUCACUGAAUGGGAGUGGGUUGUGGAGACAUGGAGCCCAGAUCCCAGAGUUUGAAAGGAAAACAAACAGAAAAGUGAUUAAUAUUCUGAUUCGCGUAACUGAGUUUAAAGUAGAUUAUAUAAGAUUAUAUUUGAAAAGGCAAAUAUACAAAUAAUCAAAACAAGACAAACAUAGACCCUUCUUUUGUGGUCAACAAUUUCUUUAACAUUUUGAGGAGUAGUAGCCAAAUAAGUGGACAAUAAAAAUAAAAGAUUCAAAAAGUGGCAGAAAAGUGACAGAAAUCUUUGGCAUUUCAUAAAAUAUUUAAUGAUAAACAAGCUGAAUUUCAAUAAGCAGCAGAUUGGUCAGCGUUUGAGUAUAUGUGUUCAAACCGUUUUCCAAAAGUCAUCGUCUGCUUCAUUACAUGAUAUCACAUACAAAGGACAAAUGUGUGAGACAGCUGAAACAAACAAAACAAAGUUAAUAAAAGUCAUUCUGCCACACUUUCCUUCAUAAAGAACUCCCUAUAUUAUAUAAUCAAUAUUAAUUUAUAAUUAUUAUAUAGUAAUUUCCUCUUCCAAAGUCUUUAUUCGUAACAGCCUUCCGUUAUUUGUACCCAAUUGAAACAAUGAUGUGUCUUCUUAAAGCUCCUGUCUCGUAAGACCAGGCCAACUCCUACCUGCAGAAUGACAAUAAUAUUUUUAUGAUCUAGACGUCUUAAAUUUAGGACCGAUUUAAGCAACGGUGGUUCUGGCUAGUCAAGCACCUCACUUCUGUGUAGGCUACUCAACUUCCUCCAGAAUCCUACACUAACUAACUUAGUUGGCAGAGAUGCAACAUUUGCUCAAGUCGUCUUUCUUCUUUUAGUCCCGAUCACCGGUGUGUCUCUUCUCUAAUCUGAAUUAGAUUUAAGGAUUUGUGCGUCACAGACUUAUCUGUUGCGCCAAGACUCUGCACUGUUUAGACUUAUUGCUGUUACAAACAACCUUUGUUCAUUCCCUUGAUUAACAUUGCUUUGCCGUAGCCUUUCAUUGCCUCCUAAAAAUAUUACACAUAUUAUUUUACCUCCUUUCUCCUCCCCGCACACUCAGAAUCCAUAACUAAACAGAAUUUGUUUUCUGCUUACCUUUUGGUUUGAGUAUGUGGAGAAUCGAUAGGAGCAGCCUCGGACCUUGGGGGUCUCGGGUCUUUCUGGUCAAAAGACUUCUUUUCAGGAUCUCGUCAUCGAAACUUCUCUUAGGAAUCACGUCGGGGUCACCAAAUUGUUAAGCGUGUUUGUUUAUCCUAAAUAUGAGAAGAUGAGCCAAACUCGCUUUGUUCAAUCAAGUAUUUAUUUAGAAAGCAAUGAAAGAUAACAAUCAGCAAAGCAAUGGGCAUCUAACAAGUCGCAUCAGAACACGAGACCCAUCAGAACGCAUCAAACAGCCGGCGCCUGUCUAAUUUAUAACAGUAGAUCGUGGUUCUUCCGCCUCGAAAGUGCGCAGGCGUAGCCCCUCCUUCUUGGCUUUGGAAUAAGGAAGUGACAAGUCUCAAAAUGUUCAUCUCUUGACCAGCCUUGACACAGCUGAUGGCAUGUGGGCCAACGGUGUUGACAUUUGGAGAGAAGAUUAUUGUGUUCUUGCUAUAUCAAAACAAUGUUCUGUUUGUACAGACAUUCAAAACAAUUUAACCAAAACAACGAAACAGCAUUGUGACGCAGACACAUUCUAAUUUUCAAGAUUAAACACUUGGAAGGAAAGGGUUAUUAUUAAUCAUUUGCGUGAAGGCCUUAUCUGGCUCAAACUACUUCUAUCUUUAUUCAUUUAGAGUUGAGUUAGACACACACUAUAGCUAAAAUAUUGAAAUCCUAACAAUACACAGCCAGGUACAGACACUGAUCGUGAAUCCACUGGGUCCAGUUUGUUAUUUGUGAACAUUGUAUUUUUAGUUAAAUUCACAUCACUUUGUUGAUCUGCAGUGGGGCAUCGUGAAAGAGAACACACACACACACACACACACACACACACACACACACACAAGGAUAAACUGAUUAAAGUGCAUAAUAACAGAGUACAUAUAGGUGCUUAUUUUAAGUGCAGGGUUCAUUAGUAGAGCACUAGAAUAGACAACUAAUGAAACAACGCCCCCCCUGGGCCCUGACACCUGUCCUACUUACAAGAGCUGGAGCUCAGCUCCACUGGUUUGAAAUCUGGUCUUGGUAGUCUCCAGGCUCUUUAUGUUAAUAGUGUAUCCUUUGUGGAUGUUUUGCGUCUCUUGGUGUCUUUUUUUCAUAGUCUUAUUGUUUUUGGUCAUUUUUCUCUCCAUUUGUAAUGGUCUUGCUGGAUCAGGCGCCCUUUGAUCCAGUGACAACAGGUCACUAUUGCAAAAUGUGGUCGGGAUACACUGAGCAGAGAGUAGCAGCUUAGUAGUGUUAGGAAUUUUAAAUUCUAGCUGGUAUGUGGGUCUGACUGUACUAUUUGCAAUAAAGGCAGAAUGGGGGGCCUUGAGCAGCUUUAGCCAGAUAUAAGGCCUUUAUACAAAUUAUUUAUAAAUAACCCUUGCUGCAUAUUGUUAAUAAUGAAUCUUAUAAUUGUUCUGAAUUCUAACUUUUGGUAUUAAACCAUUAUUCCCUUAGACUCAUUCACAUCACAUAUAUUUCAAGCAGCUGUCUGAUAAAGUUCUGGAGGUCGGACAGAGUGACUUUGUUGACAUUGUUUUGUUUCGUUGUUUUGGUUUCGAGGAUCCUAAUGUUUACAUCAACAGGACAUUGUUUGGAUAUAGCAGGAACAUCAACUACCUGGAUUCCUUGACAAGAGGCGUGGAUUACAGCUUUGGACCAAUAAGGGUGAACCAAAUUGAUUUGCGGUGACUCCCCUUCAAUCUUUCAUAACCAAUCAUAUUAAAUCUACUGUUAUAAUUAUAUCAAACCCCUUUUGUUCUGGGCCUUUAUUAACUACCUAUUGCUAACUUAUUUAGCCUAGGCUGUGAUAAUUGUCCAUAGCUAUGUUGCUCAACUUUCAUUGCAUCUCAAUAAAUACUUAAAUUGGACCAGUCCGGCUCAUCUCUUAUUUAGGAUAAACCGACACGCCUGACAAUUUGGUGACCCCGACGUGAUCCUAAAGAGAAUUUUUGACGGACGUGAUCCUGAGAAGGAAUCUUUUGACCAGAAAGACCGCAGACCUCGAGGUCUAGGCUGCUCCGAUCGAUCCUCCGCAUUCUCACAAGAGCUCUAAAUCAAAAGGUAGGCAGAAACCUGUUAAAGCAAAUUCUGUAUUAGUACAUAGUCAUUGUUAUAGUAGUGAGAGUGCGGUGGAGAGAUUGGAGAUAAGAUAUAAAUAAAGUUCUAUGUUUUUUGAGAUGCAAUGAAAUGAAAUGAGAUAAAGAAAUGGUAUGGAAUGAGAUAAAGGAAUGGAAUGAAAUGAAGGGGAAAUGAGAUAGAGAAACCAAGAGAGGGAUUUGAGGUUUUCGGCUUGGCGCAAAAGAUUUCAAAAUUUGACGAUUCAAACAACUGUUUGCAAAUACUGCAACCUAUAUUAGGAAGGGUGUGUUUUGGAGGAAGGGGUUAGCGUGCACAAAAAGAGUGAGGGACUUAACUGCCAAACACACUGUUGUUUAAUCAGUCCUAAGGGGAUAGAGAUUCAGGAACCACCUUUGCAGUGGGAUCUGGAGACGGGGUGUCCGAUCCGACGGUACGGAGGUGAUUGACGGGCCAGAUACCCUGUUGAAUGUGGAUCCUGGGACAAAGAUAAUAAGGGUCUGCGAAAAUAUUGUGUACUGGGAAGUUGGUGCUGUUAUGACGAGACCAGACGCUUAACUGCAACCAGUCACAAAGCUUUGGAGCGGCCCUUGAAUUUGGAAUAUAACGGCUGUGAAAAUAUUGUUGGUCUGUACGUAGCAUCUGAUUUGACGAGGCUGAAGCUUAACUAACCAGACAGCAACUUUGGAGCAAGCCUAAGAUUAGUUAACGUGACUCAGGUAAUUAUAUAGGAUAAGUCUUUAGCAGGCACCUGUGUCUGACGAGACUGGAGCUGGACUGACAGACGUCACAGUUGCCUGAGUCAAGCCUAGAAAGUUGUAAGACGCCAAGCUCCUAUUUUUUAUUAUUAUUGUGAGUUCAUAUGAAUUUUCUUAAUUUAAGCUUCUCGGGGAAAACCUAUAGUGAUCCAGAGCUGAGGCUGAUCACUGUAGGAAGGCUUCCUCUGUCUGCUGUUUAGUUUUUUUGUCUCCGUGGGACUGCUGUUGCUGCAGUCGCCACGGUAACGCUUCCAUAUUUAUUGUACAUACAUAUAUGCAAUGUCCUUUUUGGCUUGUGUGGUUUAUCAUUAAUGACCAAAAGACCUAAGAAAUUACGCUGGCUUAGUUUUGUAAAAGUUAUUGUGUUGCGUCUUUCACGUUUAGAAAUCAGAGCUUAUUUGAGAUUCCAAGACAACGACUGAAAAAGGUAAAAGCAGGGGUACACUGCAAAUGAAAACCUGUUUAAAUCGUUGCAAUGACUAUUAUCGCUGUGUAAAACGCAUUGACCAUAGAUUUCGUUUUCAAGGAUAUUUUUAUUUUUGUAUUUAUACAACUAUCAGAGUAGUAGUAGCAUCACGGACAGCGGCUUCUAGUCACUUCCUGGAUUCCUUGACAAGGGGUGGUGGACUACAGCUUUGGAACAAUAAGGGUGAACAUAAUUGAUUUGCGGUGACUCCCCUUCAAUCUUUCAUAACCAAUCAUAUUAAAUCUACUGUUAUAAUUAUAUCAAACCCCUUUUGUUCGGGGCCAUUAUUAACUACCUAUUGCUAACUUAUUUAGCCUAGGCUGUGAUAAUUGUCUCUAGCUAUGCUGUUCAACUUUCAUUGCAUCUCAAUAAAUACUUAAAUUGGACCAGUCCGGCUCAUCUCUUAUUUAGGAUAAACCAACACGCCUGACAGUAGCCCCUGUGAGUGGGCACGAGUCAGAGUUUACCGGCCGUUGUUAAGAGUGUGUCCUUCCAUUUUCCAUAUCGCCUGUCCUGUGAAGGUUGGGUUAAAGACACAGGGAGGAUAUGUCAACUCCACAAACAAAGGCCCCGGCCAACUGUCAGGUUCGAAUUGAGAACUUCCUGCUGUAAGGUGACAGCGCUAACCACUAAUCCACCAUGCCAGGCUGAUAGCUGACCCAGUUUUCAAGCAACUGCGCCCCGAGUCUGAACCCAGCUCAGGCUUGAAAACAAGCACUGAGCAGAGAGUAGCAGCUUAGUAGUGUUGGGAAUUUUAAAUUCUAGCUGGUAUGUGGGUCUGACUGUACUAUUUGCAAUAAAGGCAGAAGGGGGGGCCUUGAGCAGUUUUAGCCAGAUAUAAGGACUUUAUACAAAUUAUUUAUAAAUAACCCUUGCUGCAUAUUGUUAAUAAUGAAUCUUAUAAUUGUUCUGAAUUCUAACUUUUGGUAUUAAACCAUUAUUCCCUUAGACUCAUUCACAUCACAUAUAUUUCAAGCAGCUGUCUGAUAAAGUUCUGGAGGUCGGACAGAGUUACUUUGUUGACAUUGUUUUGUUUUGUUGUUUUGGUUUCGAGGAUCCUAAUGUUUACAUCAACAGGACAUUGUUUGGAUAUAGCAGGAACAUCAUAUUCCUUUCUCCAAUGGCCCACAUGGCAUCAGCUGUGUCAAGGCCUUUCAAGAAGAGAACAUUUUGCUUAGCAACUAUCAGAGUAGUAGUAGCAUCAGGGAGAGCGGCUUCUAGUCACUUCCUGGAUUCCUUGACAAGGGGCGGUGGACUACAGCUUUGGACCAAUAAGGGUGAACAUAAUUGAUUUGCGGUGACUCCCCUUCAAUCUUUCAUAACCAAUCAUAUUAAAUCUACUGUUAUAAUUAUAUCAAACCCCUUUUGUUCGGGGCCAUUAUUAACUACCUAUUGCUAACUUAUUUAGCCUAGGCUGUGAUAAUUGUCUAUAGCUAUGCUGUUCAACUUUCAUUGCAUCUCAAUAAAUACUUAAAUUGGACCAGUCCGGCUCAUCUCUUAUUUAGGAUAAACCAACACGCCUGACAGUAGCCCCUGUGAGUGGGCACGAGUCAGAGUUUACCGGCCGUUGUUAAGAGUGUGUCCUUCCAUUUUCCAUAUCGCCUGUCCUGUGAAGGUUGGGUUAAACUCCACAAAGAAAGGCCCCGGCCAACUGUCAGGUUCGAAUUGAGAGCUUCCUGCUGUAAGGUGACAGCGCUAACCACUAAUCCACCAUGCCAGGCCUUCUAUUUAAGUACCUUCCAUAUAUCUAGACAAGUUUUACUUUAUUUAUUUGACUGUGGAAUGCAUAGGCAAGUCCUGCAUGAUACUGAUGUCAACUUCCUCAGUAGAAAUAAUAAUCUCUCUUUAGCCGGUGUCUGUUCUGUCUACAAGUCCUACAGAGAACUCUUCCAUACAGAAAGUGGCUGCAGCCGAGCCACACAACAAGAUUUCAGCCAGUCAGCAAAAGGGGUCAUUUCUGCUAUUAACAAAGGAAACAAGUAGAGAAGAGCAGGGGAGUGUUUGGGGAGAGGAGGAAGGGAGAGAGAGGAGGAGGAAGUGAUAGAAGAGUGUUUUUUGUUUUGUUGUUCAUUCUCCAGAUCCAUUGGUCCAGCUGCUGCCCAGAGAUGCAAACAGCCACGUUCAGUUUUGACAUUGGCAAGUUUGACGAAUCCCAGCUCAAGCGUUCAUCCGUCAGCAUCGCUGUGGUGACAGCAGAGAGAGACGCGGGGCCUGAUUCCGGGAGACAGAGGCAGGUCACCAUGUGCCGGAAUCUGUCCAAAUACGCCCUCAUCUUCCUCUUCCUCGCUCUGUUUGGACUCUUCUGGCUGCUCCGCAACAUCCACAGUGUGGAGAACUGGAACUGUCACACGAUCUCAGCGCUCUACCAGCUGCAGAGCAGGAUCCAGUCGUCCUUCCUCCCCACUUUCUAUCACAACCACACCUUUUGUGCUCAGCUGGGCCAGAAACCCUCCCCCGAAGAUGAGCUGGAAGAGCGCUACCUGCUGGACUCCAUCGCCUGGCCCGGGCCCCUCACUCGCUCUGCCCAGACGGCCUUGCGCCUGACGAGCGACCCUUUGCACAGCCUGUUCGCCAUCCUCCCCACCAAAGGGGGCAGGGAAUGGCACGUGGGCGACCAGCUGGAGGUCCUUGUCCAGAUGCACGACUUCCACGGCCGUCCCAAGCGCUAUGGCGGUGAUUUCAUUUUGGCCAGACUGCACUCUCCGGAGCUCGGCGCCGGUGUGGCGGGCAAUGUGCUGGACCACAGGAAUGGAUUCUACUCUGCUCUGUUCCCGCUCCUCUGGGUGGGAUCUGCACAGGUCGAGGUCACGCUGGUGCACUCCAGCGAGGCGGUCUCGGUGUUGCAGCGGCUGAGGGAAGAGCGCCCCGACCGGGUGUUUUUUAAGAGCCUGUUCCGCUUGGGCUUCCUGUCUGAAACUACUGUGUGCAACAUGUGCCUGCCGCCUGAUCAGCAGCCUCUCUGCAACUACACAGACCUUUACACUGGAGAGCCAUGGUACUGCUAUAAGCCCAAGAUACUCAGCUGCGACACCAGAGUCAACCACGCCAAAGGAGGCUACCUGAAACACCUCAUCAGCAACCAGGAGGCACUGCUCUUCCAGAGUGGCGUAAACAUCAAAGUGCACAUACACCCUUCAGGACCCGACAGAGUCACUGUGCUCCCACCAAGAAAAGAUAAAGUAGAGGCAGAGAGCAGUAGUGCAAAACCGGACGCCAUUAUGCUCGCGCCAUCGGGGUAUUACUACGAGAAGUCAUGGAGGCCAUUAGGGGGCGCCACACUGCGCCAGUUCAAUGAUACAUCUGCCAUCAUUCGGUGUUUGAAGGACAAGAUGAUCCACCUUUACGGAGACUCCACCAUCAGGCAGUGGUUUGAGUACCUCAUAGCUUUCGUCCCAGGGUUGAAGGAGUUCAACCUCCACAGUCCUAAAAAGGUUGGGCCUUUCAUGGCGGUGGACAACGCGCACAACAUCCUCUUGAAAUACCGCUGCCACGGCCCGCCCAUCAGCUUCUCCACCGUCAUGUCCAGCGAGUUGAGGUACAUCUCCAACGAGCUGGACGGCCUCUCUGGGGGUCCCAACACCGUCGUGGUCCUCAGCAUCUGGUCCCAUUUCACCACCUUCCCCGUGGAGGUGUACAUACGACGGCUGCGCCACAUUCGGCUGGCGCUAGUGCGACUCUUGGACCGGGCGCCGGGGACGCUCGUGGUGAUCCGCUCGGCCAACCUCCGGGCCCUGGACCAGGAGGUGAGCCUGUACAACAGCGACUGGUACUCCCUGCAGCUGGACGAGGUGCUCAGGGCCAUGUUUAAGGGAAUGAGCGUCCGGCUGGUGGACGCCUGGCAAAUGACUGUAGCGCACCCACUCCCCCACGCCGUCCAUCCGCCACAAGUCAUCGUCAAGAACAUGAUAGACAUGCUGCUGUCUUACGUUUGCCCAGAGGAGAAGAAGAGCUGACAGGAGCAGGACAGUGACUUGGAGGAAACCUUGUGAAUACACCGAUAUGUUCUUUAAAUCUUUCAUUUCCCUGAAGCAAACCUCCCCUCCCCCCCCCCCCCCUACUGAAAGAUUGACCAGAUGAUCUGACUGAACGAUCUGUUUAAUUGCCUGUUACAUUUCGUCACAACCAGGGAUGCCAAAUCAAAAGCAGGCAUGUCCGUCCAUCCCAGGCUUGACCUUGACGCAAUGACUCCUUUGUAUUAAUAUUUAACUUUAUAUUACAGACAUUUUUUUCAUUCCAUGUUCAGUUUUGUGUUUAGGAUGUUCUUUAUGGACAUUUGAGUAUUAUACAAAAAUAUCAAAUAGUGUCACAUGUUCAUUAGAGCCCGACCAAUAUGGAUUUUUUGGGAUGAUGGAGAGAAAAAAAGUGAUGCUAAAAUUCACUUCAUUUUUUAUUGAGGUUUGAUAUUUUACAGUUGAACCUUAUCACAGCCUAAAAACAACCAAAUAUCUAUUGAAUGUAAACAUAUAUUUCUGCUUUGUUAAAUCGAUAAUGUUUUUACAUCAGCGAACUUAAACAAUUAUACAGAUGUCUGUGAAAGGAUCACAUAUCGGGCUCUAAUGUUCAUCAUAUGACAUUAGUGAUGGGGGGAGAAGACAGUGGAGGUUGUUUAUUGAGAGUUUUCUGAUCUUUGUGAUACAAAGAGAUAAUGUGCCUAUUUUAUAUCUAAUUCCGUCCCUGAAUCGAUCAAAGUUUUUAUUCAUAAUUUUUAAUAACUGAGUUGUUAUCAUGUAUUUCUUGUUUUGUUUUUCAUAUAUCGUUAAAAAGAUCAACAAAUGUAGCCAUGAGCGCAAACUGUGGGUUAUAGAUGGAGCAGUAAAAACCAACAUGUCUGUGCACUGAUCUUCAUCAUUCAGGAAACUUCAAGAUUUAAGAAGGGAUAAAUUAUUCCUCAAUGCUUCAGAGAGUUGAUCACUCAUCUUAGGAUUUCAGAAAGCCUGAAAGCCAAAGAGUGUAACUGCUCUACCUGAGGAGUCAGACUGGAUUUGCUUGAAUGAAUGACGCAAGCAACUAAAAUUUUUUAAUUGUUUAUGUUUAUAUCAACCUUUCAUCAUAACCAUCAGUUCAUCGUUAUCCUGGUAUGGGGUAAAGACAUGAAAUUAUUGUGUAUUUGAUUUUUUUUUUUUUGUCUUAUUUUUCAGCUCUGUACUUGAAAUCAAAGAUUAUGUUGUACAUCAGCUCUAACUCACAUUUUAUAGCCCAUUCAUUUUAUGCCAUCAUGUUGCUGAGUCAGCACUAAGUUUCUAAUCAAAUAAAAUGUUUUGUUCAUAAAA